AGCUUGAUAAUUCUAGUAACCUUAAUCAUUAACACCCUGUCUUAAGUUCACAUAAUGGUCUAUGGCACCCGAAAAUACCACGAUACAUUAUGGAUCUAAAUUAUUCACAGAAUCACUGGCGUAGGCUACAAGAAAUAAUGGGCGUGCACACUUGCACUCUGUUCAUUCAUCUCUCCGGUUAGAAUGCUUCUGUCCCCCUGACACUUCGACCACGUGACAGCGGUGAAAGUCAUUUACAAUCUCUGUGCUCUAUGAAAUUAUUCGCCGUACAGUACGCGUGGAGGAAGCAUGGACAGUCACAACAACCAGAAUGAACGGAUAUCUCACAAGGACAUAGAUUAGCUGAGGGUUUUUUUUUUGCCAGUGUGCGUCUGUGUCCGGAAGGAGGACACGGCAGACAAUGAAGACAAUAGCACCCCUUGAAGCAUGAGUGGUUUGGACUCCUUGUGUGUGCCUGUAACGACAUUUACCCAGUCAUCCAGUGCUUGAUAAGGUAUCAUGCAUUUGUCCACAGUGACCCAGGAUGUGACGGCCGGCUUCAAUGAGAGUGCCGGGCCGUUGUGCAAGGCGCCAUACUCCCAGGAUCGCAUCCCCCUGGUGGCGCUCUACAGCGCGGUCCUGGUGGUGGGCCUGCCGGCCAACCUGGCCACCGUCUACCUCACCUUCCUGCAGGUGCGCCGCAAGAACGUGCUGGGCAUCUACCUGCUGAGCCUGUCGCUGUGCGACCUCACCUACCUGCUGACGCUGCCGCUGUGGACUGUGUACGUCAACAGCGGUCACCAGUGGCCCUUCAGCUCGCUGGCGUGCAAGGUGACCGGCUACGUCUUCUUCAACAACAUGUACAUCAGCAUCUUCCUGCUCUGCUGCAUCUCAGCUGACCGCUACGUGGCCGUGGUCUAUGCCGUGGAGUCCCGGGGCCUGCGACGGCAACGGCUGGCGGCAGCUGUGUGCGUGGCCGUGUGGCUGGUUGUGGCACUGGGCCACAUGCCCGUCUUCACCAUGCGCGAGGGCGAUGCAGGCAGAGGCGAGCACCACUGCUUCGAGCCGGGCCAGAGCACGGCCAGCGUCACAGGCUUCAACUUUGCCCGCUUUGGCGUGGGCUUUGCCGCGCCGCUCGCCGUGCUCGCCGGCACCAACCGCGCCAUCCUGGUCAACGUGCAGGCCAGCACGGGCCUGCACCAAUGCCAGAAGGAGAAGGUGCGCUACCUGGCGGUCGCCGUGGUGCUCCUCUUCCUGGUUUGCUUUGGGCCGUACCACAUCAUCCUGCUGAUGCGCGCCAUCACCUACCACUUCCCGUAUCAGGAGACGUGUCACUUUGAGAACCGUGUCUACACACCCUACACCAUCUCGCUGGGCCUGUCCACCGUCAACAGCGCCGUCAACCCCAUCCUCUACGUGCUGUCCAGCGACAACAUCCGCCGCGAGAUCGCCCGUGGCCUGGCCAGCCUGCGCGACCGCACCGUCUUCCGACAGCGCUCCACCGACAGCUGCCAGCACAAGAUGAACUCCUCGGACGCGGUCAUCAUCGCCGCCCAAGAUGGCGCCAGCAAGCCCUGCACUCCACCGCUCGGCCACUGUGGCUCAGAGCGAACAUUCAGCGCGACCCUGAAGACAGACCAAAAGGGGAUGAGCCGACAGAUUUAACAGCCUUGCUGAAUCACGGUGUUGAUGCUAUGAAAAAGACCCUUACUGUAUGGCUGACUGUUAUGGAAAAGAUUAAUUUCAUGACUGGCUGUUAAGGCUUACCAAAAUCAGGGUGACGGAACUCUUUACGAUCACUCUGUUGUUUCAAAUACACAAUCAGGGGGCUGUUUUUCAUUGCCUCAAGCCAAAAUGCAUCUUUUCUAUGUUUGGACUUAAUGUUUUUUUUACCCCUCUCAUCUAGACAAGGUCCAGUUCACAGUUAUUGUGUUGAGUGGCUUUUCAGGGGUUCUUGCUAAGAGGCUAAAUAUGCUAAUAGGCCUUCAUUGCCUAAAAUCAAAAGCGCACAUUUUGUGUCACGUCUGUUUUUGUUCACACGAUGAAGGAAAUGCAAAACAGUUGUAGAGAAAACUGCCUGUAUUGAAAUGUAAUUGUAAUAAGCACAAUUUGUUCUCAACAUACCAUGAUAUGAAAAGGCAAUAAAGGGAUUAUGUGCAUUAAUUGGGUUAUUCUGCAACAUAUGUAGCCUAAAUAAUGCACAGUGAGCAGAUGCUACAGUAUGUGCAUUAAUGGACAAUUACUUGUAUUAGUAGACCAAAUGACUAAUACUGAAUAUUUUGUAAUAGGUUUGUAUAUUUGUCAUUUUAUAUCUUUUUGUAUAUUAUGAUAUUAUUGUUGAUAUUGUGUUAUAGUGUGUGGAUAGGUGAAACAAGUUUUUCAGAUGCAUGCUCGCAUAGCUUUUUAUACCUCACACCGUUAGCUGUCACCAGGUAGGUUUUACAAAAACAAACUGCACCAGCAAUUGAAGUUAAAUAUGUUGUUUGUUUUUUGUAAUAA